CUCCCUGUUACCGACUCCAGCUGCAGCCCGCGCCCUUCUCCGCACAGCCCACCCCCGCUCCGAUAACCGCCUGCCCGCCCCCCGCAGCUGGGCCGCGACCUUCCCCCCCAGCCCCCGUCUCUUCUUCUCUUUUGCUCCCCCAGCGGCGCAGCCUCCCGCUCGGAGGCGGUCCUGCCCGGGGCUCGCUCCCUGUGGGGACAUGCGGCUUUGGGGAGGGAGUCUCUCGCUAGCCUCAAGCGGCUCUGGAGCGGCGGGUGUGGGCCCUCCGCGGAGCAGGGAGCUCCCCUCGCCCCUCUCGUCCCUGCCCUAGUCCCACAGAGAUCGGCGGGUGCUGACGGUGCGCAGGAUCUAGCGGGAUCAGACCCGUCUGGAUUAGAGCGGGGCAGGUGAUGGGUCCCUCCCUUGCUGAGGUGCCGGCCUCGCCUCUUGCAGCUGCCUGGAGCUUCUCCUCGUUGACACAAGAGUUCUACCUGUGGGAGCACAAGGGCAGAACAGACUGCUCCGAGUCACAGGAGAGGGACGAAAGGCACUGUCAGGAAGAGCUUCAUCCCUGCAGCGCUGCUGCUAGAGUUAGAAACCUGCUGCCUCUCCUCUCUGUUUCUUUUGAUCUCCUGGAGAGGAGAGUGCCCACUUUCACCGCUGUCUCCUGCUCUGCCUGCUCCUGCUUUCAGCAUGGUAAAGAAGAAUACUAUCCCCGAUGGAUGGCGGAGUUUGACACCUGUUGGACAGCCUAUACCAGGAACUAGAUUCAUUGCAUUCAAAGUACCUUUAAAAGGGGCAAUUAACCAGAGGCUUACCCCAACCCAGAAAUUUACCCCAAAAGACUUAAUUGCUGCAAUGAAAGCCCUCAAUGUGGAGCUUGGAUUAAUUAUUGAUUUAACAUACACCACACGAUACUAUGAAGUUAAGGAUUUACCUAAAAGUGUGCAGUAUAAGAAACUUUAUACUGUUGGACUUGAAGUCCCUGAUAAUGCUACUAUCCUACAGUUCAAAAAAUGGGUCAGAAAAUUCUUAUGGGAAAAUGCAGGAAAUGAGAAACUCAUCGGCGUUCACUGUACUAAUGGAAUUAACAGAACUGGCUACCUUAUAUGUAGGUACCUUAUAGAUGUUGAAGGCUGGGAUCCAGAGGCAGCAAUCCAAGCUUUUGGUGAUGCUAGAGGUCAUUGCAUGGAUGGUCUUGUGUAUCUCACAGAUCUCAGAACACAACCAAUGAGAAGUAACCUUGGAAUGGAUGUAUGGGAUUCAGAUGAAGAUACUGUUCCCCCACCACAUGCAAUGGAAGGACCUGUAGAGCGGUUCACAAAUGAAGAUUUUCAGGGGUCUGGGAAAAGAUUAAAGAUUUAUGAUGACCCCUCUCACAAUGAUGUACAAGGACAGAUACAGUCGAGAGAUUUUGAUUUCAUUAAUAAGGGACCUGGACAAAGACGAAGACCAUUUCCUGACCAUCAGACUCAGGAUGAUUUAAGAGCACCAAUGCAGAUGAAAAAUUGGGACUAUAAUAGAGGACCUGGACAGAGGCAAAGACCUUUUCCUGAUCACCAGUUUUAUAAUUAUCAAGAAGACAUGCAGCUGAAGGACCUAGACUUCAGUAACAAGGGACCUGGGCAAAGGUUGAGACCUUUUCAUGGACACCAGUUUCGUGAUGAUUUACAGGCAGAGAGACCAUCGAGAGACAUUGAAUUUAAGAGAGGCCGUGGACAAAGGCAGAGAUCUUUUCCUGACCAUCCAUCUCAUGGUGAUUUGCAGGAAGACAGGCAGUUGAAGGAUUUUGAUUUUAGUAACAGGGGCUGUGGCCAGAGACGAAGACCAUUCCAUGACCACCAAUCUCAUGAUGAAUUUCAUACUCAGAUGCAGUUGAAAGGAUUAGAUUGUGUCAGCAAAGGUCCCGGGCAAAGACUAAGAUCUUUCCAUGACUGUCAGUCACAUGAUGAUUUACAGACACCAGUGGGAGAUUUUGAAUUUGCUAACAGGGGACAUGGCCAGAGGUUGAGACCUUUUAAUGAUCACCAGCCUCACAAUGAAUUACCAACAGAUAGACAACUAAAAGAUUAUGAUAAUAAAGGUCCUGGACAAAGGCACAGACCUUUUAAUGACCAUCAGCCUUAUGAUGACUUACAGGAACACACUCAGUUAAAAGAUUUUAAUUAUGUUAAUAAAGGACGUGGACAAAGGCCAAGACCUUUUAAUGAUCAUUCGGGUCACAAUGACUUGCAACAUGAAUGGUGUUCAGACAGAAAUCAAUCUUUUUCUUCCCAUGAAAAUGUACCAGAACCUCAUUUCUCUUCAUCUCCUUCAGUUCACAGAGAUUAUGGGUCUGAUAAUGACGACUUUAACAGAAGCUAUAGUAAUCCUGAAGACAAUAGGAGAAUGCAUCCCUCAGAUGAAUUCAAUAGAGGAAAAAACAGAUUUGCACCAUAUUCUUCACGAACAAUGCAUCCAUCUUCAUCUCUACACCAUGAAGAUAGUUCAAUAAACUAUGAAAGAAAAACUUUUCAAGGUGAAACUACCAGAGAGAUGGAACAUAGUAAAAGAUUACCAGUUGUAACAGUUGAUUACAAUUAUGGUCUGCCAUUAGGUUAUGGACCUGAAGAUGAAGGGAGAACACAUUAUGAAUUACCUGCAAGAGAUCAGUACAACUGGAACUGACUGAAAAGUACAGCGUUUGCUCAGCUUAGACUUACUCUUACCCAUUUUACUUUGUUUGUGGAGCAUUUUAUUUUUUUUAACAAAUAAGCAAAACGCAAAUUUCAGUAGUAGAGAACUGGUCUCUGUUGUUAGAUUAGCUUCUACUGAUGUUUGGUUCUUUAAAAUUAUGAGAAUAUAUUUGUUAAGUGUAGUUGGAGACAGUGUCUCAGUACACACGGAGAUAAAGUGGUCUUUCCUUUUAGUGUAAUUUCCUUUUAGUGUACCUUAAAACAACUUUCUGAGUGAUUGUAGUGGUGUCUUUCAUUUUACAUUUCUUUAAAUUUUUGUAAUUUCUGGAUGCAAAAGUUACAAAAUACUGCACUAUUAUGUAGAUUAGCAUUGAGACUAUAAAAAAAAAAUACUGUGAGACCAAAGAAGCAAAGUUAUGUACACUUUAUCCUUGAAAACAGCUGUUUAAGUUAUUACUAACAGUCUCUGCAGCAUUGCAGUUUACUUCCAGUUUUUCUGUAUCAUCAACAGAACUGACCUAGUUUGCAUUCUUUUUCGUAGCAGAAUUUUCCCAGGUUGCUAAGAACAUAGAAACAAAUGGAGUUUAAAUACUCUAAAUGUCAAACUUGAUUUUCAAUAAUCUGAAUAUCCCAUCCUGAUUGUGUAUUUUUUCCAGAUCCCGUAGGUUAUAUAUGUUUCAGAAUAGCCCAGUGCCGGUAAAUGUCACAAUUUUCUCAGCAAUACGUCCAGAGGAGGUAGCUCCCGUAUUAUCAGCUCACCUGUCCCAACUGGCUAGCAUCACUAGUGCCUUUAUAGUUCCACCUCCUUGUUUGUCCUACUCUCUUUCUACUUGUUUCUUUUUACAGCACAGCAGAAUAAUGUUAAUUGCAAUAGGAGAAUAACCUCUUCAGGUAAGUUACUUUUAAGAGUCAUGUAUUGGAUUGGUCUCCUCUAAACUGUCACUUCAGUGGGUCUCAAGAGGUAGUUCAACAAAUGGUAACUAGCACCAACAGCUCCUACUGUGGAUAAACAAAGUACAUGGGAUGGCAAACCGUAUUAGUGUAAUAACUUGAGUAUACUAAAAAAAAGACAUUUUUCAUUAUUAUUGUAUUUUUAUAAAUUAAUAUUUUAAAAGGCAUUACAGUGAAUGAAGAUCAAGCUAGACCGUUAUAUUAAACUAAAUAAUUAAAAUGAAUGCUAGAUACUUAAAUCAUGCAAUUAAGAAAGUGCCUCAAAGCAUCAUAGCAGUAAAGCAUAAAGAAAGAGGGCAUAGGUAUGCAUUAGAAAACUGGGGGGGCGAGGGGGGCAAAAGUGCUAAUAGCCAGAACCUGAAGAGCUUUUUUGCCUUUUAACUAACAGCAUAAACCCCAGAUUUAUGAGUUCAUGGUUCUAUGGCUACUAAAUAAGGAAUAGAUUUGAAAAGUAUGGCGCAUCUGGCAACUCCUGUUAUUUUGUAACACCUGCAAAAAGUUCUUAAAAUCAAAGGAUUGUGUGAACAUAAAUUCAAACUGCAAGUGCUUCAUUGCCUUUACAACUGGUAGAACAACUCUGGCUUUGUUCAUUGUACAAAUUAAACAGUUUUCUCAUUUUCACAGCAGCUAGUCAGUUGUAUUUCCCAUUAAAUCUCUGAUUGUGAACCUCAUACAUGUGGUCUCGGGAAUGAAGCUCUAUAUAUAAACCAGUUGUAGAACUGAGCACUAACUGUUAAGAAAAGGCACUUGUUCCUUUGCUUGCCCUCUUUUUUCUUUUUUUUUUUUCUUUUUUUUUUCUUUUUUCUUAAUAAAUGUGGCAUAGGCUGAGAAUCUUAUUCUAGGCUUCUUUAUUUGGAGGUGAGGAAGAUCUGCAACUUAGGCUACUACAUUGCCUUUAAAAACAAAACAAAACAAAAAACAAACCACAAAACCAACACCCUUCCUGGUAUUCUCCAGUAGGGAGUAAAUAAUUGGGGACUGGUGUUACAAGAAUGUGGGGGGCGUGGAGUUUACACUAUGUGUGCAGUAUUCAUCAAGGGAAUAAAGAGCAAACAUCUGCCCUUCA